AUGGAAAAACCUGACAAAUGCAGCCAAAAGUUUUAUCCCUGCAUCCUAGGCAAAAAGAGGACUAAACCAAAUGAUAGGAAAAAAUGUGAAACAGUUGGAAUGCGAAGAUUCCUUAGAAGAAACUUUCUUGUGGAGGCAAGUUCAAAUGACAUCCUUUGCAACAAAUGUAGGCAUAAAUUCUAUAAACAGCAACAGACAACAAGUGCGAAAAUUUCAAGCAGAGAAACAACACAACAACAAAAUUAUCAACAACAAAAAACAGCUGUGUCCAGUCCACCAUCCAUUUCUUUGCCUCUCCACAGAACAGCAUCUUCUCAUGCAUACUGUUUUAUCUGUAGACGUCCAGGCCCCAAACUUAUUGUUGUGCCUUCAUCAGCUAGGUUUUCUGCCUUCCUCAACAAAGAAAUCAUCAUUCCACCAGGAAGCAGAUGUUGCCCUUCACAUGUUGAAGAUGGGGAUUUUACUCCUGGAGUACUGCUAGAUAUCAACACCCUGGACUCCUCUCUACUUAACAGAACAACAAUAUUAGAACUAAUCAGAAAGAUCAGAGAGUAUGCUUUAAAAUCUUCUUCAAAAUUCACUUUUGACUCUUCGAGUAUGAAUAGCUGUGAUGAUGUCACACUCACUGGUAUCACAAAAGAAAAUUUUGAUGAUCUUCACAAAUCCAUCGCAGAUGAUGUGAGAAACACCCAGAAUAGGCACCCCAGGAUGUCCCUUGGUAUUUUCCUUUUAAAGCUUAGAUCUGGAAUGUCCUACCAGCUCCUCAGCACAAUUUUUGGAAUCUCUAAAUCAUCACUCCGCAGAGCCAUGAAAUCAGUUCGUUCAGCAUUAAUGAAGAAUUUUGUACCUAACAACUUAGGCCUACAACAUAUCUCCAGAGAAGACAUCAUUGAAAAACACACGCGACCACUGGCUCAAGAACUUUUUGGCAAUAUAAAUCAUCAACAAGUCAUCGUAGUUUUGGACGGCACAUAUAUUUACAUUCAAAAAAGCAGUAAUUUCCAAUUUCAACGCAGAUCUUACAGCAUACACAAGGGCAGGUCACUCCUUAAACCAAUGGUCGUGGUGUCCACUGACGGCUAUUUUCUGUCAAUUGUUGGCCCAUAUUUGGCUGAUUAUAAAAACAAUGACGCAUCCAUUUUGAAUCACAUGCUGAAGACCAACGUCGAAGAUCUUAAAAGCUGGUUUAAAGAUGAUGAUGUCUUUAUAGUGGACAGAGGCUUUAGGGAUGCCAUUGAAGUACUGGAAGAGUUUGGUAUAAAGGCACAGAUGCCAUGUCUAUUAGGCAAAGGUGAAAGGCAGAUGUCAACUCUGGAUGCUAAUUCUUCUCGGCUAGUUACAAAGAUUCGUUGGGUAGUAGAGGCUGCAAAUUCAAGAAUCAAACAUUGGAAAUAUCUCGCCCAUACACUUCCAACCAAUCAGAUACCAUACAUUGGUGAUUACGUGCGCAUUGUUUGUGCAAUAUCUAACAAAUACUACAAGCCACUAUCAUCUGGCAAUGUUGAUGAUGACAUAGCCCUGGCAGCAAAAAUGAGACAUCUUUCUACUCAAAUCAACACCCUCAAGACAUUUGUCGAGGAAAAUUCCUUGGACAAAAGAUCUGUAAACUGGGACGUGGCUCCCGAAUCACUUGUUUUUCCUAAACUUGAUGAGGAAGAAAUCAGAAACUUGACAUGUGGGGUGUAUCAGCUGAAACUCUGCCCUAGUUAUGUUCAAGAGUACCUUGAUGGUGAUGUCAGUAUCUUGUUACAUAAAGAGUUUCCUGGACUUAUUCGAGUCAAGCUUCAGAGCAGACACAUAUCCUCUAAGAUGUACCUCCUCUGGAUACAGUUCUCCGAGUCCAACAUCACUGCUUGGUACUGCAGAUGUCGUGCGGGAGCUCGUGUAGUUGGAGUCUGCUCCCACAUAGCCUCCGUAAUCUGGUAUCUUGGUUUUGCGAAGCAUAAUGUUGAGUCCAUGCAUGGUGUCCAAGACUGGUCAGAUUUCGUGAUGGAUGCUGCUGUCAUCGAUGAAUCCUCUAGCAGUGAUGAAAGUGAAAAAGAGGAAUGA